AUGAGCGUGAUCGACCCCGUUUUCUUUGACAAGAAGUUCAACGUGUCGCGCUACAUGCUGCGGUAUGUGGUCGGGGCCGCAACGGAUGAUCUCCGCGACCAGCAACUUCAGAAGGUACGAAAGUUUCGUGCCAUGGCCGACAAUCAAAUCGACGGAGUGAUCGACCAGAGUUUCGUCAAUUUCAACACAAGUCUCGCUCGCUUCACCACCAUCUCGAACCAGUUACAAGAAACUCGGGACAAAGUGCAAGAAGUUCGAAAACGAACUGCUGAUGGACGGACAAUUCUAGGCUCCAAGACCAAAAAUCUACGCGAAUUGCUACUUCAGAAGUAUGAGGCCAAGAAAGUGAUCGAUAUUAUCGACGAUAUCGAGUGCAUUGAGGCCGCACCAGGGAAGAUCGACGCUCUACUGACCCAACGGAAGUUCCUUGAAGCAGUCGACGAGUUCGCGAGUGCGCUGGAUUUGGUCUUCAGCGAGCAACUCGUGGCUUUCCACGCCACCACUGGACUGCGCAACGAUCUGAUGGAGUGCAAGCAAACCAUCGAAGAUCGAUUGGUGCAGGAGCUCCAAAGAGCUAUUUACCUCAAGGGGGCGUUCGCCAACAUUGCGUCAAGAACGAAUCAGUACUCACUAACAGCGAUUGAGAAUGAGCUCAACAGUGAUGCAUACCUCGACCAAGAGUUCGACAAGCUCAUGCUGAUAAUAUCCAAAGCUGAUGCUGAGGAUCAACACCGAAAAGGCAGAUCAAACAGUGCCGCUGUUGCUCCAUUGCCAACAAAUAAUGGGUUGCGGACUGCUGUAUGCGCUGUUAAAAAACUGCACCGCGAGCGCGAGGCUAUCGGGACGAUCAAGAGUUCCAUCGAGCAUGAGCUGGAUGCAGUGGUUGCGGAACUUUCACGUCUCUGCAGAGGAAUCUUCAACAGCAGCAGCACCACGUCGUUUGCGAACGCGUUCACUGAGGCUACGUUCGGCACGCAUGACCACUCGAGCGACUUCAAUACGUUCUUGCGGUUGCUCUUCACCGUGUUGCGUCGCGUUGCCCAGCGUCACUAUCUCGUCGCCAUUUACUUCGAAGCUGACGGGGAUAAUUGGGACUACGGCAUGUUCGAGAUAAUUACCAGGAUUUCCGGCGUGCUCGAGCGUGUGAUCAGCGAAUAUCUUGGGGGAGCGUCCUCAUCACAGCCAGCGGCGCUUGAUCCAUCGUCAGUAUCCUCUUCAGACAGCGGGGAAUUGUUCAAGUUGAGCCGUAACAAACCAGCAGCCAAGAAUCAGCUAUGUGAGGACAAUCAAAUCGGCUCACCGACCGCAAAACGUCAUCGGCUAGUGUGUGAACCGAGCGUCUUCCACUUGCCUGAGGUGUACCAGGAAUUGGAGCGCAUCGGAAAAGAUCUUCAACAUCUGUUCCGUGCCAGUUCUCGAUCAGGUGUGAGCUCGCCGUCGUCGUCGUUGUCAGGCUUCGCAGCAUUCCUCAACACCUUCAUCACGCAGAAGUGGAUCCCUAAGGUCAAAGCAAAAGCUCAGCACCUCCUGGCCGUCAAGGUGCGGGGUCUGACAACGAUAUGCCGGCUCCCAAUACCUUCAGACACCAGCUACCAACCACCCAGCAUCGACAGUCUGCUUCAUGUCAUCGAAAACCUUCGCGAUAUGAUGAUUAAAAUGCCGACACACGCAUCUGAUCUAGCCAGCGUCCUCGAAGCUUCUGUGCUCAGCUGGCUGGAAGAAUGCGCUGUAAUAGUGCGCGAUAUUCGUGAGCAGACGCUCAAUCACCAGCAGUUGUUAACUAAAAACAUCACCUGCGCAGACCUGGUAGCCAUUUUCCACGAGUACGAAGGAUAUCAACGCGCCAAGCAAGGCAGUCCGAUCCCUUAUCACCACUCGAAAGUGCAGCCAACAGGAUCGACGAGUAGUGGAUCUGGUCCCAACCGGUUGAGCACUGAGGAGAUGAUAGCGGCAAGAGAACUGGAGUUUGAAUGUGAGCUUUACGAUCCAGAUUUCUGGAUGCAAGGUCCCAAUGGUUUACUCAUGGACAACGCGCGAAUUGGGAUGCUCGGCUACGCCAACAGCGCGUGCGAUCUCAUCGCUGUAUACCUCCAACGAGUAGCAGGAGGUACCGAAGGGUCUAACAACACUCCUGCAGCCCCAGCUACCUCACCAGCACUUACCAUGGCGCUACAAGCUGCGAGCUGGCAGUGUAGUGCUCUAGCUGAUGAAUGUCUGUUGUUCCUGCGUCGCGAGGUGCGCCUGCACUGCUGCUACUACCUCACACAGCUCGUCUCGCUGCGAUUUGACCUGGAAGAAGGCCAGCCGACCAUGGCCCAAGACAGCGUACUGACGCUCAACUUGGACCUCUCAUCGAUCGAGAACGCACUGCAGCCGUACUUGGCGAGCGACAAGAUGACGCUUGUUUUCAAUGGAGUGGAUUCGCUGCUGUCCCGACUGCUGAUCGGCAAUCUUGCUCAGAUGACUGACUGUACAUUUACUCGUGGAGGUGUCCAGCAGAUGCUGCUCAACAUCGGGGCUCUUCGUCAAGGGCUCACGGGCACGUUGUACUCGUAUCCUCGCGAUGCUGUUGAACUUGUCGGAGAUGCAACUUGA